GUCGCCUCUUGGGUACAGUCGACAUAAUUGUAGACUUAUAAAUCUUAUAUCCAAAUUUUUCAAGCCUAAAUAAAUACCAGUUCAUAUUAUGCAUUAUUAAUACUACUGUCUGAAAUUACCCAAUGGAGUGGGCCAACUCGCACAAUAUUUUUGAUCAGACUUACGAAUAACGGUUAACCAAACGUGUCGUGUAUUAGUCCGAUUAGUUUCGUCAGUUGCUCCAAAAGACCAAGAACAAUAGACGCAACCUUCUUUUCACGUUCCCUUGGAAAGUUCUGGAAUGUUAACGUUGUAUCCAAAAAUAUUAAAAUUGAAAAAAUAUAAGUUUUUUGUUUUACAUUGAGAUUUUCGCAAGAUAAAUCGUGUUGUUUGCGUCGAUUUUCGGAUUGAACUAGAGGUGUCUCCAAAGAAGAUAAACUAAAGGCCUAUAGGGCAUCUCUCUAUGUCGGAAUGAAACAACACCAAGGCAGAAAGAUGGAAAAAAAUUAAUAAGGAAAAAAAAUAAACUCAUAAAGGCCUUCUGCUUGCGAGUAGGAACGCUUCAGUCGAUGGUGAAAAUUGCUCUUUUAUUAUUUUCAUGAAGACAUCAGUCUCCUCAAGUUCCCUGUUAAACGAAUAAAUGACGUUAUGAAUGGAUCGGAAGAGACGUGCAAAUUGUGGAAUUGGGUUGUAAAUUGAGUCCACUGAUCGAUUAACAACUUCCAGCUGUAACAAUGCAAAGAAAAUAGUUCGUGUCAUUGACUCGAUCCAAGUGUCAGAAUGUAAUUGAGGAAAAAGAUUGAAUAACAAGUAAAAAAAAGAUCAAGAGAAUUUAAAAUUUGCAUCGCAUUCGUUUUCAUCCUGUUGGUCUAGUGCUGAGUUCAAUCUCAUUCAUGUGCAUACGAGGCUAUGAGAAAAAAAUAUAUCCAACAGAAACUGAAAACGAGACGUGGAUGGUGUCAGGAAUCACUCUGGGAUUUCAUGGGCGAGUUGUAUCAUCAGCUGAGGAAGAGAUUUUUCUUUUCUGUUCAUGCCCCCAACAUGAUUUUAUCUAUUCCUCUAUUCUAGUUGAAUAUAACGUCGAUGGAGAAAAAUCAUGAGAAACUAAUGAAAAUGAGUUAUCAACAAAUUAAUGUUAAUCCGCCUGAUUGGCAGCCACCACACUCACUUAGUCCUUCCAAUAAUACAAGUCCAACUGGAGGUGAAACUCUGCCAGACUGGUCGCCAAGGGAACCUGCAUAUGCAACAGUUGUCACUGUUAUACCCAACCACUGUCAUUCUUCCGUCAGUACUUUGUCAUCUAGCAAUCAUGACAUUUGCCGGAUAUGCCACUGUGAGGGAGAAAUUGGUGCUCCCCUGCUGGCGCCGUGCUACUGCAGUGGAAGCCUGCGUUAUGUACAUCAGGCCUGUCUCCAGCAGUGGAUAAAGGCAUCGGACACACGGGCUUGUGAAUUAUGUAAAUUCACAUUCAUAAUGCAUGCUAAGACAAAACCAUUUUCCGAGUGGGAAAAACUCGAAAUGUCAGCACCUGAAAUCCGCAAAUUGUGGUGCGCCGUUGCAUUCCAUGCUGUUGCUGCAUUGUGUGUUGCCUGGUCACUCUAUGUUUUAGUUGAGAGAUCUGUUGAAGAGGCUCGAAAAGGAUUUGUCGACUGGCCGUUUUGGACAAAAUUGAUUGUAGUCGUAAUAGGCUCUACUGGUGGUCUUGUAUUCAUGUAUAUUCAAUGCAAAGCGUACAUUGAACUCUGCAGGAGAUGGCGUGCUUUCAACAGGGUCAUAUUCAUACAGAAUGCACCUGAGAAAGUGGUGCUUCCACCAUCUCCAACAGACUCUCUUCGUGACGUGACAUUACCAUUGAAAGAUCCCACUGCCUCAAUACCUGAGCUCAAUCGCACUCUAUUACCGAGAUCCUUAGAUCCAUCUUGUGCAUCAGAGUCAGGUAAGCCAGAAUCUACAACCCCAGCGCCGAAGCACGACGCACAGCUGAAGCUGUACGUUUUCGAUAAAUUAUCGUCAUCGGAGGAUAACCUGUAAUAAUUCUGUAUUUAUCAGUUGGCUUUCAUUAAUUAUCGUGUCAUGGAGAAGACAAAUACAUGCAAGUCAUAAUUUAAAAAAGAAACAGAACUGAUAUUUCACUAACGCGUGAACGAUGCUAAAAUAAAACGAGGUGCGUUGAAGGAAACGCGCAAACAAGAAAUUUGAAAAGAAUAAUUUGCUUCCAAAGAUGUAACUGAAGGGUUGUGUCUAGCACUCUCCUUCGAAGCACUUUUACUCGACCCUUAGUACUUCAGUGAUUAUAAAAUUGACAAAGACAAAAAAUAAGAUGCAGAGGGGCAAUAAGUGGAAUGUGAGUACGUUGGUUUAUAUAUACGAAUCACCUUUCUUAUUCUCCCUCAUCAGACAAUUAUGUACAUAAUUAUUGUAUCUGUGAUGUUAUUGAAUAAACUUUACCACAUUAAAACUA